GGGCUGGGCUGGAUGGGCUGGGCACAGAAGAAGAGGAGAACUGGAGAGGAGAGGCACUGCUGUCCCAUCAUCCAGUGGCCAGUGGAAGGAAGCAAGCAAGCAAGCAAGCAAGCAAGGAAGAGGAAGGAAGGAAGGAAGGAAGGAAAAGAGGGAUUGUGUCCCUGGGCCCCCCCAGGAUGGCCUCUGGGCAGCCCCUCACCUCUCCCUCCCUCCUCUUCCUCCUCUUCCUCCUCUCUGGAGCCCUAGGCAACAAAGCAAACAAGCACAAGCCCUGGAUUGAGGCUGAAUAUCAAGGUAUCGUUAUGGAGAAUGACAAUACAGUUCUGCUGAACCCACCCCUCUUUGCUCUGGACAAGGAUGCUCCACUGCGCUAUGCAGGUGAAAUUUGUGGAUUCCGGAUUCAUGGGGCAGGGGUGCCUUUUGAAGCAGUGAUCCUGGACAAAGCAACAGGCGAGGGGUUGAUCCGGGCCAAAGAGCCAGUGGACUGUGAAGCUCACAAGGAGCACACCUUCACCAUCCAGGCCUAUGACUGUGGUGAGGGACCAGAUGGUACCAACACCAAGAAAUCCCACAAGGCCACUGUUCAUGUGCGGGUGAAUGAUGUCAACGAGUUUGCUCCAGUCUUUGUGGAUAAGCUUUACCAUGUGGCAGUGACAGAAGGGAAGCUCUAUGAUCGCAUCCUGCGUGUGGAAGCCAUUGAUGGUGACUGCUCCCCUCAGUAUAGCCAGAUCUGCUACUAUGAGAUCCUGACUCCAAACGUCCCUUUCCUCAUUGACAAUGACGGGAAUAUUGAAAAUACUGAGAAACUUCAGUACAGCAGUGAACGCCUUUAUAAGUUUACUGUGACAGCCUAUGACUGUGGCAAGAAACGGGCCUCUGAUGAUGCUGAGGUGGAGAUCCAGGUGAAGCCCACCUGUAAACCCAGUUGGCAAGGUUGGAAUAAGAGGAUUGAGUACACCCCAGGUACAGGCAGCCUUGCUCUUUUCCCUAGCAUCCACUUGGAGACGUGUGAUGAGCCUCUCUGGAACAUCCAGGCUACUGUGGAAUUGCAAACAAACCAUGUGGCCAAAGGCUGCGAUCGGGACAAUUAUUCUGAGAAAUCUCUGCGCAAACUCUGUGGUGCUGCCACAGGUGAGAUUGAUCUGUUGCCUGUCCCUAAUCCCAUGGCUAACUGGACAGCACGGCUCUCAGUCCAUUACAGCCAAGACAGCAGUCUCAUCUAUUGGUUCAAUGGCAGCCAGGCAACCCAGGUGCCCAUAGGCAGUGGAACAGGUGCUCUUGAAGGAUUGAGUGACCAUUUUACUUUGUCUCUGUGGAUGAAACAUGGUAUGACAUCAAGCAAAAGCAAGAGGGAGGAGGAGACUGUGAUCUGCAGCACCAUGCAGAGUGAAGAUGGCUACUCCCAUUAUUCCCUGGCUGUGCAUGGAUGUCGCAUAGCGUUUCUCUACUGGCCAUUGCUGGAGAGCGCAAGACCUGUGAAAUUCCUCUGGAAACUGGAGCAGGUCUGUGAUGAUGAGUGGCAUCAUUAUGCCCUUAACCUGGAGUUUCCCACUGUUACACUUUAUGUGGAUGGUGUGUCCUAUGACCCUGCACUGAUCCAUGACAAUGGUCUUAUCCACUCCCCACGGCGUGAAUCUUCCCUCAUGAUUGGAGCCUGCUGGGCUGAGGAGAAAAACAAAGAGAAAAUAAAAGUGAAUGAGAAUUCCACAGAUAUAGGGCAAGGAGACCCUCUGCCGAUUCACCACUACUUCCACGGUUACCUGGCUGGCUUCACUGCACGCCCUGGCAGCCUUGAGAGCCGGGAGGUGAUAGAAUGUCUCUAUGCCUGUCGCGAGGGGCUGGACUACAGCGAUUUUGACAGCCUUGGCAAAGGGAUGAAGGUCCAUGUGAACCCCUCUCAGUCUCUUCUCACCUUGGAGGGUGAUGAUGUAGAAACCUUCAAUCAUGCAAUCCAGCAUGUAGCCUACAUGAACUCACUACGCUUUGCUACUCCUGGAGUCCGACCCCUCAAACUGACCACCACUGUGAAAUGCUUCAGUGAGGAGUCCUGUGUCUCCAUCCCAGAUGUGGAAGGUUAUGUGGUUGUGCUUCAGCCUGAUGCUCCUCAAAUCUCACUCAGUGGAAGUUCUCACUUUGCCCGGCCUGCUUCUGAUUUUGAACGUCCUGAGGGAGUCCCUCUCUUCCCUGACCUGCAGAUUUCUUGCUCAAUUUCACAUCAGGUGGAGGCCAAAAAAGAUGAGAGCUGGCAUGGCACAGUGGCAGAUACACGGAUGUCAGAUGAGAUUGUUCACAAUCUGGAUGGUUGUGAGAUAUCCCUGGCUGGAGAGGAACUGGAUCCUGAGAAAGAGUACCUCCUCUUGGAUGGAGCCUCCCUGCAGCAGCGAGGCUUGGAGCUCAUCAACGCCUCAGCCUAUCUUACUGUCACAGGUGUGGAGAGCAUUGCUGUAUAUGAAGAGAUCCUUCGCCAGGUCUCAUAUUGCAUUCAUCAUGGUGCUGCUCUCUAUGAGAGGAAGUUCCGCUUAUCUUGCACGGAAAUGAAUGGCCGUUACUCCAGCAAUGAGUUUACUGUUGAGGUGAAUGUCCUUCAUAACAUGAACCGAGUUGUUCACCCCAACCAUAUUAUGAGUGCCCAGCAGUUCAUGCACCGAGGCCAUCAUCUCCCACCAGAACUCUCUGGCCACAGCUUGGCUAACAUCCACCGUAACUCCAUGGUCCCCAGUGCUGCCACUAUAAUUAUUGUGGUGUGUGUUGGCUUCCUGGCCCUGAUGGUCAUCCUGGGCAUCCUCCGUAUCCACUCCUUGCACAGAAGAGGGGGCGAGCGCGAGUGCCCAGGCGAGUCCACGGGGAGCCAGGGAGGGGCACAGGCCAAGGAGAAUGAGAUGUUCUGGGACGACUCUGCUCUUACCAUCAUCGUCAACCCCAUGGAGUCGUAUCAGAGUUGCCAGGAGAGGGCAGCGGAUGUCACAGAGUCUAAAGCAAGGGAUGCAGUAGAAGAGGACAGCAGUGACUCUGACUCACCGGAUAGCCCUGUUGCAGAGGACCAGCGCAUUGUGGGCAAGCAUGAUGCCCCUUGCUGCUACUAGAGGCAUGCAAUGGAGGGUGGGGGUGGGGGGAGUGGAAGUGGAAUGCCAACAAAAGUGAGGUUCUGCUUUUGUUUAGUAUUUGGGGGAAAUAGCCUAAUUUCCCCAUUUCUCUUCUUUUUCUUCCUAUUCCCUGUCCUUCCCUUCUUUUUUCUCCAGACCUCCUGUUUACACAGUGGAGACUGGCCCCAAACAUAACAUUUUGGUGCAUGAGGCAGAAAAUCUAAUUGCCACCUUCCCUGCCCUCAAUAAACAUGGGGCACAAUCCGCCUAGCAGUUCUCCAGUGAAAGCCAAAUUGACCUAUGGGGGAGCUAUGUGUGGAUUGGGCCUUUUGGCUCAGGUUUAUUUCUCUCCAAUUCUGCUGCCCAUAAAUCUGCUUCCUGAGGUGGUUGCUUUGGCUUGCCUCACUGUAGACCCACCUCUGCCUCCUGCCCCAGCCUUCUUUCCAAGAGCAGCGCCCGAGGGAGGCACUUUCUUUCUUCCCAGGUUCCUGGCUCCCCCCAGGUUCAUGUUCAGACUCAAGUGGGACACUGGGUGAUUGUGGUGGAGGGCUUACCCUUCUCUCCAGCAGAAAACUCCCACCCCAUCCAGCAGGGCCGAGCUCAGCUGGCGUCCUGUGCAGCAGGGAUGCAGAAAAAGGAGAAGGGAGCCAGGGCGGGGAUGGCACACGGGGUAAAUCAGAGGCCCCAAGAUAUUAUAUAUAUAUAUAUUGUAUAUUUUUUCAAUGUUGUUGUUUGAGGUUUAUUAUUGUUUUCUUGUUUGAUGCAAACAAAAAAACCUGCUUGUGUCGCUUUGUAAAAUUGUCAAUAAUAUUCAGAUAAGUGAAGAAACAUGAAGUGGAAAAGCUAAUGGAGCAGAUUUUAAAAUAAAAAGAAGGAAAAAAGGUCAGGGCCUGCAUGCUAGAUUUAUCCUUCAGAGACUGUGAGCUUUAUUCUGACUUAUACCCCUUCCUCAAGCUGGAGCAGCAAAGGGUGAACUGUGUAGAAAUCACAGCCAGAUAGUUUUCUUGAGCACAUCUACAGCCUUCAGAAGAUCUACAGCCAUGGACUGCAACAUAUCCCCAGCAAGCACUGAAGGGAACUUGCACAGGAAUGUGAGGCAUCAAUGCACUGGAGCAACCAGAGCUAAGAUUAGGAGAACCAUCAGGGUCCUCAAACUAAGGAGCUGAGAAUCUAGAGCAUUACUGCUCCACCAACCCAUUUCAUUGAAGCCUGGUCCUGCAGGGAGAGAGAAGCAAAUUGUCUCCAGAGGUGCUGAUUUCACUAGUCCAGGCUCUGUUCACAAGGGGUCUGCUUUGAUGAGGCGCUAGAGGUCUCCAACGACCUCUGGGACUUAUUGCCUUCUGAAGGCAGGCUCCCCAGAGGCAAGGGGGCGUGGGCUGAGUUGUCUGCAUCUGGCAAGGUGGCUUUAAAAACCUGUGUGGGGUUCUUUCCCAUUCUCCUAUGUGGAAAUUGCAGGCAGGGUGUGUGUCUAUCCAUGUCCUGGUAGCUGCUUCCAAGCAGAGGGUCUCCUGCUCCC